CAAAUAUUUAAGACAUAAAAAACUUUCCAAUAUACUAUUUAUUACCUCAUUCAAUAUAAUAGAAUUAGUUACUUUAUAUUAGAAAAGUACGAAAUUAAUUUAAUAAUGGCUAAUUUUAAUCCAUUUAAAACGACUAAAAUUCGUAAUUUAAUACAUCAUUAUUGGUUUCCAAUAAUAUCAUUGUGGCUGUGUUGUUUAUUAAGUAGUAUUAGUGGAUUACCUCAAGAACGAUUGCCACCACCAAUUGAAGGAAUACUUGGACUACGUAAUUUACCAACUCCAGCACCGGCUGAAAAUGUUGUCAGUUCAACGGCAUUUCCACGAGUAACACCACCACGUGAUGGAAUUUUUGGAUUACGACAUAUUCCAGGGGAAAACCUGUUACCACCACAAUGUGAUGAAACAACGACCCAUACCAAAAUCAAGAAUACAUUUUCAUAUUUAGAUUAUACUGUAUUAAUUGCAAUGUUGGUAAUAUCAUGCGGUAUUGGUGUAUUUUAUGGAUUUAUUGGGAAAAAGGCAACAUCAAGCAGUGACUUUUUAUUAGGUGGCAGUUCAAUGGGAACUUUACCAACGGCAAUGUCGUUAGCUGCAAGUUUUAUCACAGCAAUUGAAUUAUUGGGUAAUCCAGCUGAAAUGUACAAUUAUGGUGCACAAUUUUGGAUGAUUUGUGUUGCAUUUUUAUUAGUGGUUCCAUUAACUUCACGCUUAUAUUUACCAGUAUUUAUGACAUUACGUUUAACAUCCAGUUUUGAAUAUUUAUCAUUACGAUUUAGUAAUUCUGCCCGAUAUCUAGCUAGUGCUUUAUAUAUUCUACAAAUGAUUUUAUAUACAAGUGUUGCAGUAUACGCACCAGCAUUAGCUCUUUCCCAUGUUACUGGUCUAAAUGUUUAUAUUGCUGUUUCAAUGGUUUAUAUUGUUUGCAUAUUUUACGCUUCACAGGGUGGAAUGAAAGCUGUUAUAAUUGCUGAUAGUUUCCAAGCAGCAGUUUUAAUUGGUAGUUUAUUGGCAAUUGUAUCAUUGGGAGAAUAUUAUUUAGGUGGAAAUGGUAUUAUAUGGUCAACUGCCCACAAUACAGAACGUCUUGAAUUAUUCAACAUUGAUCCUAGUCCGACUGUUCGUCAUAGUUUCUGGUCAGUAGUAAUUGGUGGAACAUUUUAUUGGUUAACAAUGUUUUGUGCCAAUCAAGCAUCUAUUCAAAAAUAUUUAUCCGUAGCUAAAUUAUCACAAGCAAGAACUGCAUUAUGGGUAUCCGCUUUUGGUCUGAUUUUUAUUUACACAGUCAAUUUUUAUACGGGAAUGAUAAUGUUAGCCAAUUGGCGAUUAUGUGAUCCUUUAAAGAGUGGUGAUAUUAAUGAAAGUGAUCAACUCUUACCUUUGUAUGUGAUAAAUGUUUUGGGACAUUUACAAGGUAUGACUGGAUUCUUUGUGGCUGGAAUUUUUGCUGCUAGUUUGGGGACUGUGGCAUCAGCAUUAAAUAGUUUAGCUGCAGUUACAACAGAAGAUUUUAUUCAAGGCUUGUGUAAAGUAAAAAUUCCAGCUGCAAAAGGUGCUCUUCUAUCAAAAUGGAUCUCUUUUGUAUAUGGAGUCCUCAGUUUUGGUUUGGUUUUUAUUGUUGAACAACUUGGAAGCAUUAUGCAAGUAGCGUUGAGCUUUAAUGGAAUGGUUGGUGGCGUAACAUUGGGAUUAUUUUCACUUGGAAUGUUUUUCCCAUGGGCCAAUUCCAAGGGUGCCUUAUUUGGAGCUUUAACCGCAGCUGCCUUAGUAUUAUUUAUGGGAAUUGGUAAUCAAUUUAAGCAAGCCGCUGGGGAGAUUGUUAUCCCAACAAAAUAUACCAGUGCGCAACAAUGUGAAUGUUUUAACGAUACACUUACUGAAAAUAUUGUGCUAUUGCGUGAUGAAUCACAAGUAUUCUACUUAUUCCGUGUAUCGUAUUUAUGGUAUUCUAUGAUUGGUUGCCUAACAACCGUAUUCUUAGGUUUAAUUGUAUCAUUUUGUACCGGGGCACAAGAUCCAAAAGAAUUAAAUCAAGAUUUAUUAUCACCAGCCACACGAAAUUUAUGUGAUCAAUUUUCAAAUGAUAUUAAAGAGUUUUUAAAUUUACCAUUGAAAAAUGCACCAUCGAAAAAAGUAAGUGUGGCAGCAAUGGGUGUUGUGAAUCCAACGUUAGACGUCUCCGAUGAACAUCAAUUAACUACAAUAAUGGAACGAAAAUCAGUAUCUGAAUCUGCAGAUACAAUUGAACCAACUGACAACGGGUUAAAUUCUGUACACUUAUAAAAUGAUUGUAGACGUUAUUAGUAAUUCUUGUGGUAAUCAUUAUGGAAAGCAAAUAUUACAACGAAUAAAAAGACUCAUCGAAUAGAAAAUUUCGAUGCCAGAAAAAUAAUUUACGUAAAAUAUGCAAUUUGUAGUUAAGGUAGUACGGCUGUUUGAGUAAGUACGGCGAAUGUUCUUUUUUUUUGUGGUAGAUGAUAGUUCAAAGUCCCAUGAUCACAAU